CAAUUUUAAAAUUAUUAUCUUAUAUUUUUCUGAUUUUUAUUUAACUUUUAAACUUAAUUAGUGAAGAAAACCUCGGGUGAUUUCUGAACCCUGACCGGAACCUUUUCCGUCGCAGAAACUUCCUGGUUAGUUCGCGAGAAAACCUUUGGGGACCCAGCAGGAAACUCGACGACUCGUCUGAGUCCAAUCAACCGGGUUUUCAGUUGGACCACAAGAUGCAGCGUCUGAGAAGCGGAAGCACCUCGCUUCUGGGUUCAUUGUCAGGGCGUCAGUUAAAGAAAAAAGCCCUUAAUUCAUGGGUUGCUGUUCAAGAUACCUACUUCUCAACCAAGGACAUAUUUGAGAGGCAUAGAGUGGUGUUUACAGUAGCAACUUCUAUAGCAUCUGUUAUAACAGCAUGGGCAGGUUAUUCAAUACGGCAUUAUCAUGAAUCAAAAGUUGACCAGAGGCUUGAAUCUAUUGAGAAAGCUAUGAACAAUAAUUAUCAUCUUGGACAUACAGAGAUAAAAAAGAUUGUUGAUCCAGGAAGUUCCAGUACUGCUGCUUGGGUUGCCACUGCUGGAACCACUUUAGUUAUUGGUUAUGGCUUGGGUUGGAGAGGUGGCACAUGGUACGCAAACAGGCAGUUCAAAAGGGAGCAGAUGAAGAUGCUCGGGCAACUAAAACCUGAAAGGUGGCAGUUGCUGGGUCGGGUGACCACACAGGAUGGUUAUGUUCUUAGCUUACAGAGAAUUCCAGUGGGGCAGUCUGGUGAGAAGCCAGCAGGAAACAGGCCACCAGUUCUUUUACAACAUGGCCUUUUAAUGGAUGCAAUAACAUGGCUGCUAUUGCCUCCAAACCAGUCUUUGGCAUUUGCCUUGGCAGAUAACGGAUUCGAUGUCUGGCUUGCUAAUACUCGUGGGACUAAGUAUAGCCGUGGGCAUACAUCACUCACUCCUCAGGACCCGGCAUACUGGUAUUGGUCAUGGGAUGAGUUGGUUGCUUAUGAUCUUCCUAGCACAUUCCAGUAUGUGCAUGAUCAAACAGGACAGAAGCUGCACUAUGUUGGGCAUUCACUGGGAACUUUGAUUGCUCUGGCUGCCUUUUCCAAGGAUCAGCUGGUGAGCAUGUUGAGAUCAGCUGCUUUACUUUGCCCAAUUGCCUAUGUAGGCAAUGUGACCUCUCCUUUAGCAAAAAAUGCUGCUGAUAACUUCAUUGCCGAGGGAUUAUACUGGUUGGGUCUUCAUGAAUUUGAUCCCAGAGGGCAGCCUGUUGUUGAUCUUCUUAAGGAUAUCUGCAGCAAACCAGGUGUUAAAUGCACUGAUCUGCUGACCUCCUUUACUGGCCAGAACUGUUGCCUCAACAAUUCCAUUGUCAAUACUUUUCUAGACCAUGAGCCCCAGGCAACUGCAACCAAGAAUAUGAUCCAUCUUGCUCAGAUGAUGAGAGAAGGGACCGUUAAAAUGUAUGACUACAACGAUGAGAACAAGAACAUGGAACACUACGGGCAGCCUACUCCUCCAGUGUAUAACAUGACAAGUAUACCAAAUGACCUUCCCAUCUUCCUCAGCUAUGGAGGAGCAGAUGCUCUCUCCGAUGUCAACGAUGUGAAGCUGUUAUUGGACAGCCUGAAAGAUCAUGAUUCUGACAAGAUUGUAUUUCAGUACAGAGAAGAUUAUGCCCAUGCAGAUUAUGUUAUGGCUGCUAAUGCUAAACAAGAUGUAUAUGAUCCUCUCAUCGUUUUCUUUCGGCUACAAUGACAUCAUAAAUCGAUUGAAAAGAAAACAGUGCAAAACUUUCUUCUUCAUUCUAGUUGUUGGUGACCUGUUUAUAUAUUCAAUUCUAAAUUCUGAUUUCUGAUCAAAUUUUUUUCUGCUACUUUGUUUUGCAAUUCAAUAGUCUGUAUGAAAUCUCGUUCUUAUGUCAAUAAAGAUGUAUUACAAAUUAUAGCGAAGCACGUGGUAGCUUUGUUGAAAUUUGGGCUCUUCUCGUUACCAGAUGACACUGGGAUAAAACAAUUUGUUACUUUCAUACGAGGCCUUGUCUUUAUGUUUCAAUGUGAGGAAAGUAGAAUUUAAAAGCAGUUGAGGCAUGGAAAUGGCAUGUGAAUUAGGAUGAGAAUGUCAUGAGCUUGAUAAAUGAAAGGAAUUGGAAGAAAUAGGAAGAAAGAGAGAAAGCAGAGAGAGCGAGAGAGAAAGCUGACUCUGGCGGGAUCUGAGAGAAAAAGUACUCUGCCUUCAAUAAAAUUUUGGAUGAUUUCUUUUCCUGGGAUACAUAUAUAUAUAUAUAUAAAAGCUAUAAAGGUAGCAGGUUGUAACCGCCUGAACGUGCCGAAUGAUGGUGCCGAUCUUCUUCUCAUUUUUUUUGUUUCUCCAUUAUCCUAACCCUAACCCUAAUAUCUUAUAAGUGAAAAGACAAAACUACCCUUGUAUCAACUUUACCCUUUUACCCCGCAUAUUAUUUACCUAUUUCUUGCUUUAUCCUUGAUUCCCAAGGUUGAAAUCCACUUUCCAAAUAUCUAGUGCCAAAGACCUGGUUAAUCUUGAACACGAAUUACAGGGCUUUUUUGGUAAGUUAAUCAUGCUUCAUAUGCUAAAAUCACAUGAUUUAAAAUGCACCUCUCUGCAGCAGGUUAUGAUAUUUGGAGCACCAAGAAAACUCAACAAUGGCAUACGAUUACUACUUUUCCAAGGCUACCCACCUAAGACAAUCUGUUACAUUUGGCAAUUUCACAUUCUUCAAUUUGAAAGGACACUAAAUUAUGAGAGUGGAUGGAAUCAGACCCUAAAUGUAUAUAUUUGGCCUGUGACUGAAAUGAUUCUGGGCUGCAACAUAAGCUGCCAUAGAAUGAUCUUGUUCUUCUUCAUUAUCACAACUCAAAUUGACCAUCCUCUUCCCUUUCUUUUUCAAGUAAAGCUCCCCACAUCGAACCGCCCGGCCGGUCGACUGGGCUGAUGAGUCAGCUGGAUCAAAGCAGCAGCUGCUACUGGACCUCACCAACAUUUUCUUCAACCUUCUGCAACAGCUGGUGAAGCCCUCCAUUAUCAAUGCUUCUCUGCUCUAAUGCCCUUUAAUUUUUAUAUGGG